ACAAAAACGAUAUUUUUCUCACUUUUCUCAAGUGAGAAGUCAUGGCUUGUUGUCAUCUUGUCAUUCUAUAGAACAAAAAACAAUCAGUUGCUUAGAAACAAAAUUAAUUUAAUAAAUAUCCAUCCAAAACCGACUUUUGCAUCAUGUGGCCAGUGGUAUACAUAGCACUAUUAGCGCCUACUAGUUUAGCGUGUAUGGUCAGUGAAACUACCGUGAGCGGUACUCACGCGCCUGCAACGUUCUGUUCUGGAGAUCUCAUCUUCAGCGACGAUUUCCAAGAGUUCGACUUAGAGAAGUGGCAGCAUGAAAACACGCUUGCCGGUGGUGGGAAUUGGGAGUUCCAGUACUAUAACAACAAUCGGACGAAUUCUUUCACGCACGACGGGUUGCUAUUCAUUCGACCUUCGCUGACUUCCGACCAAUUCGGAGAAGAAUUCCUGUCCAGUGGCACACUCAACAUAGAAGGGGGCGCCCCCGCUGAUAGAUGCACUAACCCAAUUAAUUACGGCUGCGAGCGUACGGGUACUCCGUCCCAUGUCCUGAAUCCUGUGAAGAGUGCGCGCGUGCGCACGGUCAAUUCCUUCAACUUCCGUUACGGCCGCGUCGAAGUCCGCGCCAAGUUGCCUGCUGGCGACUGGCUUUGGCCUGCUAUCUGGCUGAUGCCUGCAUUCAACGUAUACGGUUCCUGGCCGUCCUCAGGCGAGAUUGACUUAGUUGAGUCGCGCGGGAACCGGAAAUUGUACCAGAAUAAUGUCAACAUUGGCACAGAACAAGUAGGAUCCACGCUCCACUUCGGUCCCUAUUGGGGAAUGAACGCGUAUGAAAGCGCUACCUGGUCAAGGCACAAUAAUUCAGGAUAUGACAAUGAUUUCCAUCGGUACCAACUUGAGUGGACUUCUGAUCAUAUAAAAUUCAGUAUUGAUGAUGAACAGCUUGGGUAUAUAUCACCCGAUGCUGGCGGAUUUUGGCACCACGGGGGAUUUGAUAAGUCGGGGCUACAAAAUCCUUGGCGUUACGGAUCUAAGAUGGCGCCUUUCGACCAAAAGUUUUACAUCAUCAUGAACUUGGCUGUGGGUGGUACCAAUGGAUAUUUUCCUGAUGAUGCAUCUAAUCCUGCCCCAAAACCAUGGCCUAAUAAUUCACCACAGGCAAUAACAGAUUUUUGGAGCAAGAAAAGCGACUGGCUUCCUACAUGGAACUUAGACACCGACGAUGGAAAAGAUGCAAGUUUGCAAGUAGAUUACGUAAAAGUUUGGGCUCUUUAGGUCACCUCCAAUAACAAAAUAUGGCUCAGUUAAAAAAAUGUUGACAUGCCCUUAUUCAUUUAUUUUUUGUGUUAUUUACUUCAUUGAUUCUUAUAUUAAUAUUUAAAGAAUACUGGAACAUUAUUGCAGUUAGUCACUUGUUUGUAACUAAUAUUAUUAUCAUGUUUUGUUUUUCUAACACGCCGAGCGUGAUACUGGAACAUUAAUACUGGAACAUUAUUGCAGUUAGUCACUUGUUUGUAAGUAAUAUUAUUAUCAUGUUUUGUUUUUCUAACACGCCGAGCGUGCUAUAUGACUUAGCUAUGGACGAAUGCAAUUGUUAGAACCUUUGUGACACACAAUAAUUAUUUGUAACAUGUAUAUUUAUAGAUGAAACUAUCUAAACGGAACUAAAUAAUCAGGUGUUAUGUUAGUGUUAUUUUUACAUAACAUGCGUAAUACAAUCAAAAAUAUAAUGUAUCUUGAUAUUUCAAUAUUAUACAGGGUGUUAGUGACAUCGUAACGAAAACUUUGAGGGAUGAUUCCAAUCAUGAUUCUGAGUUGAUAUCAAGUAGAAUUUUCCGUCGCAAAAGUAUGGAUAGGAAAAUAAUUUAAAAAAAACACAAAAAAGUCAUUAAUUUUUUGACAGGAAAUUCCAAUUGAUAUCAACUCAGAAUCAUGGUCUGAAUCAUCUCCUUCAGUAUUUGUUACGGUGUCACUAACACCCAUACCCACUUGUAUGGCUACCGUAUGUACCUACUUGUACGGGGUGUAAGUGACAUUGUAACGAAUGCUGAGAGGGAUGAUUCAGCUGAUUAUUCUGAGUUAAUAUCAAGUGGAAUUUUCCAUCGCAAAAGUAUAGAAUUGAAAAUAAUUAAAAAAAACUAAAAAAAUAAAUCAUGAAUUAUGCGACGGGUAAAUUCCAUUUGAUAUUAACCCAGAAUCAUGGUCUGAAUUAUCCCCUUGAGUAUUCGUUACGAUGUCACUAACACCCUGUAUACGCUACUAAUUUCAUAAAUAUGAUAAGUUAUCUAAGAUUAAACACCACCUGUAAGGGCCGUGAUUUCGUUAUGAUUAAAUCUUCAUUAAUCAA